GGCGCUUAGUCGUCUCAUGUCAGAACCACACCGUACACAUCGUACCCCCAAGAUCUCUGCACCUCACCCUGUCGUUCGCUCUCCGUAUUUUCAUUGCGGUCCUACGCGUGCGGAGCACUUGGGAACACUACCAGUACUAGAUGCACUGCUGUCCGACUGCGAAUCGGAGGAACGCGAGCCGGACAAGUCUCCUUAUAGAAGAUCUCGUCACUUCUCACCGAAGACUUCAGCCUUGAGGAGCCUCUCUCAGACGCUCCCCGCACCUAGAGCUGGAGAACCAGCGCCAGGGAGUCUGGCUAGCCCCAUUGCAUGCGGAGCUCAGACGGCAUUGCAAACGCACCGUUCCCUGUCGCGAAAUGUAGCGUAUAGCAACUUCUACGACGCAUUCAUGCGAUCAUUCAAUGGCCUGUAUAGGGCGAAGCCGGUCCUUAUACAAGAGCAUGUGGCCGUUGACCCCUGGAAGUUGCUCGUCGCAGUUACGCUUCUGAACAAGACAGCGGGCUCGAACGCAAUCCCCGUAUUCUUUGACUUGAUAGAGGAAUGGACGACCGCUCAUGCCCUCGCUCAAGCCUGUCCGUGUGCGGUGGAAGAGCGCAUCAGGCACCUAGGCUUAGGCAAGUCUCGCACGAAACGUCUCAUAAAGCUGUCCCAGGCAUACUUAGAAUACCCUCCACGACACGGGGUUCUGCGCCCCUCGCGGUGUUACAUCACUGUCCGGACUCGGAUGCGUUCCGCAGACAGCGAGAACAGCGCGCCGCCCAUCAUCCGACGACGUUACCCUCCGACAUGCAUUUCGCAUCUCCCAGGAAGCGGCCCAUAUGCUUUGGAUUCGUAUCGCAUCUUCUGCGGCGGUAGUGGUGAGUGGAAAGAUGUUCGGCCUGCUGAUAAGGAGCUCGCGAAAUAUCUGAAAUGGAAGUGGGCUGUUGCGGAGUUCCGUCGGUGGGAUCCCUUCGACGGACCGGGAGAGUCGAUUGAUCUAGCGUACAUGCAACAUCUAUCCGUGACCUUGCAAUGCCGCACGCAUACUACUUCAAGUUGACUUGCAUUGUUCUUCAGACGUCUCGCCCGUCUGCGCCCUGCUCAUUGGCUCAAUUCAAAAAAUAUGAGACCAUGAGCGGUCAGCAUGAAGCCGCUGGACUCCGAGUCGGAUGCGCCUGGGGACGGUCAUACACGAAGGUCUGUGUUGAUCUCCUCGCUCGAUCCCACCAGACGAAAACAUUCCGUGUCGGGACUUGUGCUGAAUCACCAAGUGCGAAAGCAAAGAACGGUCAAUUUCCGUGACGUCGACUCUCAUGGUUACAGUUACGAAGUUAUUGUCAUUCAAUUUCAGCCACGUGAUCAUCAUCGUAUCUAUAAUAAUAAAAAAGACAACCUGCGGCGUGCGCAGGACGGCUG